AUGCCCGUCCAGCACCUCCUCUCGCCACUAUCCCUACCCUCCCCGCCGCCGCCCCUCCUCCGCAAUGGAGCGCCAUGGCGGUGCCCGAAGCUACUCCGUGCCGCUCUACAGCUCCCGUCUCCGCCUCCGCUUCACCUGGGGCUCGCCGCGGCCCGUGGCGAUGGCGGGAGGCGGUUCGUCGGGACGCUGGGCUCGAAGAGAGCGCGAGCGGUUAGUACAGUUAGGGUUUCUGCGAUCUCCGGAGACGGUGGUGGCGGUGCUGGUGGUACGGGGAUCGCGGCGGCAGCGGCCGCCACUGUGGUCUUUGCUGUGAUGAACCGGGUGCUCUACAAGCUGGCGCUCGUGCCAAUGAAGAAUUACCCCUUCUUCCUCGCCCAGUUCGCCACAUUUGGGUAA